AUGUAAAAAUUAACUCUUGAGAAACAAAUUAAUCUUUUGGAAAGAGACAUUUAAUAGAAAUCAAAUAAGAUUGAAGAGUUGACAAAGGUUGUUGAUCAAUAAUCAAACUUCGUUGAAUCGGCCAAAGCAAAAAUUAAGAAUUUAUAGGACACUCAACAAACGUUGUAUUCCCAAUUAUUUGAUAUCAAACAAGAGCGAGACAAUUUCAAAUGUGUUAAUCAAAUAAAGGAAUAACAAAUAAUGAGCUUAUAAGAAUAAGUGUUAGCAAAAAAUCACGUAGCAGAUACCCAAUAAUUGAAACACGAACUCCAGGAUUAAUACAAUCAAAUACUCGAGUUAUAGGUUGAUCUCAAUACAGUAAGGAAUCAAUUGGGACACUCUGAAUUAGAGCGCCAAAACUUAUUGAAUGAAUUGAAACUCAAGGCAGUUAGUUCGGUCGUCUAGAUUCAAAAUGAAUUCAACAGCGCUCCCUUGCAAACUUAUACUCAAUAUCUAGAUAAAUUUGAUGAAGAAAGAAAAUAAUAUUUGAGACAAAUUCAUUAAUACUAGAUACGCGAAGAUAAGAUAAAAAUUGAAAAUAAGAAGAGAAUAGAUAAUUUAUAAUCCAUCAUUGAUAAAGUCGCUGAGGAAAGUAAAAAUUAGAAGGAAGAAUUAAUAACUUUACGAAAGUUGAUAGAAAUGUAUAAACAGCAGUCUUAGGAGGAUAUCACUAAUUAAAGGAUAUAUGAAGAAUAGAAAUUACAAAAUGAACUAGAAAUGAGAGCCCUCAUUUAAAAAAAGGAUAAAUUGAUAUCAGAUCAAAAAAAAGAAAUAUAAAAAUUGCAUCAGCGCAUUGGUCAAUCUCCUUAGGUGAUUCUUUCAACCAUAAAUGAUAUGUUCAAUAUGUCUGUGGAUGAAUCAGUGGAUUUGAAAAUAGAAAAUAUGGAACUAAAAAAUUAAAUUAAAUCACUUCAAGAUUUGAUUGAUUAAGAGCAAAAGGAAAAGAAGAAUAUCCAAGAAUACACAAAGAAGGAAUACUCCAUUGCUUUGUAGAAGGAAUAGGAAUAUUUAAAAUAAAAAACAAUUACAGAAAGCUAGAAAUAAACAUUAGAUGCUGAAAUUCAAUAAAAUCAGUUAUUAAAGGAUGAGAUAUUUAAACUCUAGGCAGAAUUAGCAUAAUUAAAGAGAAAAGAUUAAAUAUAUAAAACUGAAAUAGAAAGAUUAAGACAAGAUAAUCUAAACAAUUAAACAUAAAUUUUUAUCGCUUAAAGGGAGGACAAAAAAUCAUAAGUCAAUCAACCUACCUCAUAGAUCGAGAUGGAUCAAAAUUAAAUUAAGAAUAAUAUCUAAUAGUUUGAGUAAUUAACAAAAGAAAUUCGAAACUUAAAACAAAUCAUAAAUAAAAAGGAGGAAGAGAUUAUCAAUUUGAAAUACAGAAUUGAUAACCCUGACACAAAUACUGAAUAGGAGGAAUAGUAGAAGAAUUCAGCAAUUACUAUUGCUAAGAAAAUUGAAAAAAUUGAAACGUAUUCUAAAAAACAAUCUAAGAUAUUGGCUGAUUAUAGAAGACUGAAAUUGGAAAGGAAUAAAUACGAAUUCAGCAUUAAUGAGUUUUAAUAUGAAAUUAAAAAUUUGCAAAGUAAGAUUCAAUUAGAACAAACAUAAAAAGAAUCACUGAAGUAGAAUUUGUAAAAAUACAAAGAGGAAUUCAAAAAUUUGGAAGAAUAAGAUAAGAAAUAAAAGAAGGAGUUCGAAAAAAAAAUAAAAUAAAUCGAAUAAGAAACAGAAUAAAAAUAUAUUUCUCAAGAAUAAAUCAAUUAUUAAAAAAUGAAUUAAGAUUUACUUAAAUUGAUAGAAUAAGAUAAACUAUUGGUGCAAUAAUUGAAGGAGAAAGUUAAGACUCUAAGCUAAGAUGUUUAAAAAUGUCGAGAAGAAAUACUUUAGAAAGAUCUUGAAAUCAAAAGACUCUAACUUGUCGAAACCAAGAGUGAAGAACAUCAAAACAUUCUUUAAAUGAAAUUGUAAAUAGAAAAUGAUAAAAUCAUCAUAAAGUCAUUGAACGAAAGAAUAAUUAACUUAAAUCAGGAAAUAGAGAAUAAAGAAAAAGAACUAUUGGCUUUUUAACAGGAUAAAUUGGAUUGGGAAUCCUUAUAAUAGUUUUCUAGACAAAUUGCCAAUGAAAAUAGGUCUAAUUUGAAUAAUUAGGAAGAUAUUAAUGAUUUGAAGAAGAAUCUAAAAGGAUUAUAAAAAAAAAUAUCAGAACAAACAUAAUAAUAUUAAUAAGCCAUUGCGGACUUUGGGAAGGAGUUUUAAUAGAUUAUUAUGUAGCAAAAUAAUGAGAUCAAACAAUUAGAAUAAGAAAAUCAAGAUUUAGCCAAAGCCUUGGAAUAAUAUAAAUAACUAUAUCAAUAAGAAAGAAUGGAUAGACAAAAUAAAUCAGAUUUAACUUUAGCUGAAAUUGAGGAAAUCAAAAUUAGACUAGAUUAAGUCACUAAAGAAAGAGACUAACUAUUGUUAAAGAAGGAGAUAAUUGAAAAUAAGGAAUAUCAGAUUUUAAGAAAGGAGGAGGAAAUUAGAUCUUAGGAGUAGGAACUAUAAGAGGAGAAGAAGAAUUUUGAGAGUUAUAUUCAGAAGAGGAAAAUGGAAAUAAGUGAUGAUAUCUUAAUUAAAAAAAAUAAAGAAUUAUCAAUAAUAGGAUGCGAUUACAUUUUAGGAAGGGAGUUGGAAAUUUAUAAAUAGAAAUUAAUAGAGGAAUAAGAGAAAGUAAAUGAAUUAAUGCAAAGAUCAAUUCAAUAAAUGGAAGAUUAUCAAGAGGGAAAUUAGGAUUUGUAUGAGAAAAAAUAAAUGGAAAAUUAACUGAACGAUUUAAAAAAGUAGAUUGAAGAAAUGAGGGCUGAGUAACUAAAACUUAGGAUGGAUUCGAAAGUAUAAGAUGAAGAGCAAUAUAAUUUUGAAGAAGAAAGAUAAUAAUAUUAAUAGUAAAUAAGACAGUUGAUGCAUCUUAAAGAAAAUGUAACACUGGAAGAUAUUAAGUUAGUAAGAGAUAUAAUUUAAAGUGGAAAAUUAAUCUCUUAUUUAGAAAAGGCCAAAUAAAUUCAUGAACUUUAAACUUCAAUGUAAUCUUGA